UCGUUCAUUCAAACUCCGCAUUUCAUAACCCAGCGUUCGAUCUACGCUCUGCACAUUUCAAAAGUAUAAAUUUUAUAUACAGAGAAUCCCGAAUUUGACUGUUCUGCAGAAAACUCCAUGGAAAGUUCUUGUCUUGCGCGACUUGUUCCACUUGAAGCAGUAUUAUUCGACAUUGAUGGAACUUUAUGUGACACUGAUCCAAUCCACCUUAAUGCAUUUCGCGUAAUGCUUCAAGAGAUAGGCUACAAUGAUGGCGUACCGGUUGAUGAGGAAUUUUUUAUCAAAAACAUUUCUGGCAAACACAAUGAUGACAUUGCUGCUUUCCUUUUCCCCGAUGAUCAUGCAAGGGGUCUAAAAUUCAUGGAGGAUAAAGAAGCUCUGUUUCGAAGAUUGGCAAGGGAAAACCUGAAGCCCAUUGAUGGCUUAGACAAGGUGAAGAACUGGAUUCAAGAUCGCGGCUUGAGACGAGCCGCAGUAACAAAUGCACCCAGGCCAAAUGCUGAAAUGAUGAUCCAAGUACUAGGCCUUGCAGACUUCUUUGAAGCUGUUAUAGUCGGGAGCGAGUGUGUGCGUGCAAAACCAUUUCCUGACCCAUACUUGAAGGCGCUCGAAGUCCUCAAGGUUUCCAAGGACCAUACCAUAAUUUUCGAGGAUUCCGUUUCGGGAAUAAAAGCUGGGGUGGCUGCCGAGGUGGCCGUUAUUGGCUUGACCACUCAAAAUCCUGCCCAUUUACUGAUGGAAGCAAAGCCUGCACUCCUCAUCAAAGAUUAUGCAGAUCCUAAACUAUGGGCAGUUCUUGAAGGUAUUGAUAAAAAUGCUUGUACACGGAUUACCGCGUAAGAAUUGCAUUUUAUGCAUUGAUAUACAAUAAAACUGAAGCUAGUUCAGCAAAUACUUCAUAUUCAAGGGGAGUUCUCCAGUGUAGGACCGGUGCUCCGGUGAUAUAUUUUUUCGAUAUAUUUUGAUGAGUAGAUGAAAAUGAAUAAAAGAUGUUUGGUAUGGUAUCAACCAUAUACUUUAUUUUGGUUAUCCUUUACAGUAGUUUUUAUAUUCAGGAGUGCUACACAUCUUUAAAGAAACACUACUGUUUCAU